ACCUUGCCGUAAUUAAAAGUGAGAAUUUGAUUCGAUCUCUCCUACCGGAAAGUCGCCGGAGUUGGGAAUCAAAUCGGACGUCGAAAUGGCACUAUCCAUACAGCGCACUGGUAGUCUCCUGAAGCCACUAUCCGCGGCGGCGUCCUACAUCCGCGACUCCGCCGCCGCCAUUGCCGUGGAGACCAGCCUCCCCUUCAGUAGUCACAACAUCGAUCCUCCGUCUCGCACCGUAGAGACGUCGGCUAAGGAGCUGAUGACCUUCUUCCGCGAUAUGGCUCUGAUGCGCCGGAUGGAGAUCGCCGCCGACUCGCUCUACAAGGCGAAGCUCAUUCUCGGAUUCUGCCAUCUCUACGACGGCCAGGAAGCCGUCGCGGUAGGCAUGGAGGCCGCGAUCACCAGAAAGGACUGCAUUAUUACCUCUUACAGGGACCACUGCACCUACCUCGCCCGCGGCGGAACGCUUCUGGAAAUGUUUGCGGAGCUUAUGGGGAGAAAGGAUGGGUGCUCGAGAGGCAAAGGAGGUUCAAUGCACUUCUAUAAGAAGGAGAAUGGAUUUUACGGCGGCCAUGGGAUCGUAGGGGCUCAGAUUCCGCUAGGUAUUGGAUUGGCGUUUGCCCUCAAGUACUCAAAGGAAGAAAAUGUCUCUUUCUCCAUGUACGGAGAUGGUGCUGCGAAUCAGGGGCAACUGUUUGAGGCUUUGAACAUGGCGGCUCUCUGGGAUCUGCCUGCUAUUCUGGUUUGCGAGAACAAUCACUAUGGCAUGGGGACAGCAGAAUGGAGAGCAGCAAAAAGUCCUGCCUAUUAUAAGAGAGGGGAUUAUGUCCCUGGUCUGAAGGUGGAUGGUAUGGAUGUCCUUGCUGUGAAACAAGCAUGCAAAUACGCCAAGGAGCAUGUUCUAAAGAAUGGACCUCUUAUUCUUGAAAUGGACACCUAUAGGUAUCAUGGGCACUCCAUGUCUGAUCCCGGAAGCACAUAUCGCACACGUGACGAGAUCUCUGGAGUGAGACAGGAGCGUGAUCCAAUUGAAAGAGUCAGAAAACUCAUACUAGCUCAUGAUAUUGCCACCGAAAAGGAGCUAAAGGAUAUUGAGAAGGAAAUUAGAAAAGAAGUAGACGAAACCAUAGCUAAAGCAAAGGAGUGCCAAAUGCCAGAUCCUUCUGAACUCUUUUCCAAUGUGUAUGCCAAAGGGUUUGGAAUUGAGGCUUUUGGACCAGACAGGAAGGAACUGAAAGGAAUACUCCCUUGAUUCUGCAAGUGUGACCAAUUGGCCACUCUUUGAAGAGAUAAAAGAGGGAUUUGAAGAAUAACCAACACACUAAAACAGUCAGGUUUCCACAUUCCCUUUCCAAUAUAGCCUUCCUGCCCCCAUUGAUUUUUCACAGUUAGGUAGCUCGAUUUUUUGAUGAUCUAAAUAAUGAAAUCUGAAUAACAUUAUAUGGAGCGGCGCUAUCUCGAGUUGCUUUCCAUCUGAAGAUAUGCAACGCAUGAGCUGCUGGCGCUGAUAUGCAGCCUGCAUAUAUGUUUUCUUUCCCGGAUGCUCUAAUGCUUUCCCAUUGUUCAUAUCUUUGGGCUCCAUUUUUUGCAAAGAUGUGAAAGUUCUUUGUCUUUCAACUACUUUUCAUUGUCAUAUCAAUGAUAUCAUAAAGCAAUAUUCGAUCGUCAAUAA